AUGUGGCUUUCUUUUCUUUCGAGUGCACUCCAAUCAAGUGACAGGGUUGAAGUACUACAGCCUGAACGUACGGAGGUAUCGAGGAUUGACAUAUCCUUUAAAGAAGGGCCGGGUAUUUCAUCGUCUCCAGUGUUUGAUGUCUAUCUUGGAGAAUGUUUCUACAUGUUUAUCAUAUACACAGGUGAACACCAUGUCAUCAAACCUGAAGAGUGCAAAGCCUUCUCUGGCACAGUAGUUGAUGAGAGCUUAGAAAACGUGACUCUGUGGGAUAAAAGAUCUUGUAACUCUUCAAAGAACAACAUCUUAAUGGAUAAUUUCACACAGAUGACGCCUCAAGUUUUACGAGCUCCUUUAUAUGGAUUUCACUUUGUCUCAAGUUCAUAUGUUACCAUCGAAUGUACAGUUCGUAUCUGUAGACAAAAUACAACCUGUGAUAAAUCGAUUUGUGCUCAAAGAAGUAAACGACGUCGCAGGAAGGACCCAUUUGCUCUUGGUUCUUCGUCUUUCCAAGUUCUGAAUGGGAAUAGAAUUCCCGGUGGAGCGGAUACAAUUCCCGUACUUCACCGAUUCACACUGGGUUGCAUGGUUGUAAUGGCUCUUUCUAUCAAGACUCCAUGUAUAUAGAAUAUAUUUUAUUAAGUAAUCAGUGCUUAAAAAUUGCAUCAUGAUGUUAAUGUACU